GUUAAUAUUUGGGUGCUGUCAUUGGUUCUUUUUUGACAAUUGACGCGCGAAUGGGGCGUGUUAUGAAAAGGGGCGUUUUACAAAAUACCGGGCCUUGCUUGCAGGCCCACUGUCAGUUCCCUUGGGCCUGCACGCAGGCUACCCCCGCCCUGUAUGCAGAAUAUCUAAUGAUCCUUCACUAUAGUGUGUUGCUUGUGCGUAAACAUGUCUAUAAAUGUUUGGUGCUGAACAACGAAAUUCGACGUUCAAAAAUUGAACGGUUAAUUUCAUUGGUCAAUUAGUCAGGUUUUUAAGAGUUUAUAGAUUACUAGCCCAGGCUUCCAGAAGGAGAAAUAUUUAUUAUCUCUGCCUUUUACCAAUUUUCGUCUUGCAAAAAUGAUCUCCAAAGUGCUCAAAGUUUAUAUUACUGUACCAAACUAAUAUAACCUGCUAAUAAAUUAACCAAAUUAAAUAUUUUGUUUUUAUAUUUGCUCUAUCCCGGUCCAUCCGAACCAUCACCAUCGGACAUUAACACUGGUGCUGUUAUUGGAAUCGUGGUGGCAGUUGUGGUUGUCUUAGUAACAGCAAUGGUUAUUGUGGGUUGCUUUCUCUAUCGAAGAAAUUGACCUGGAAAGGAGAACACGCAAGGCAUUGAUAACAUUCAAAAUACUGCAUGCUUAUGAAGGUGAUACACAACGUAACAUGGAACUACCACAAGUAUCCGAUUCAGAAAAGCUAUGUGCUUAUGAAGAACCAGCAGAAUAUAUACAAAUUGACAUUUCCAAGCGAGUUCCCAUUGACGCAAAUUAUCAAAGUUUAAUCGUGGAAGGUACGCAACUUGACAGAGGUGAAAAUGAUCAGCAUUAUGCUUCAUUCAACAUGGAUACAUUGGAUAGCGAUCCGACAAAUGAAGUUUCUGACGAAUCUCCGUACGUAAUGGUACGUGCCUUAGUGUAAUCCUCAGAACAUGCAGUUGCGAUGGAGAAUUAGCAUAAUGUGUAUUUUUAAAGAAAUAACAACAGCUCUUAGUAAUCUUAGUAUAUUUUUACAGUAUUUUAUAUUUCUCCACCUUGCGCAUUUAGUCAAAACAUAUUAAAUACAUGCGAUGCUUUUGAUAUGCUCAAAUACGUCAAGGUUAUUGAAAUCGCCGUUAUUUCAUAGUAUGAAUUCAUAACAUAACAACAACACUAAGCAGCCAUAAUUUAAAAGGCGUUUUAAUGUGCACUUAGAAAAAAGGACCGGUUCCAAACUCAACAAUUAAUGUACAACACAAAAGCUGUUGGUUUGGCUUUAGAUUUCAGGGCAGGUCAAUACCAUGGAUUGGAUAGAGUGGAGCUGCGAAGGUUCAUGGUCAUCGUGACAUAAAUCAGAACAAACCUUAAACAAAACUUUGUGGCUCUCCUCGUGUUUGGCGAAAACUUAGAUUCGUUUAGUACAAAAAUGUUUUCGUCUGUAACCGGAACGAAACGAGCCGGACUUUUUAUUUUUGUCCGGAGGUGAAUAGUGCAAGAGGCCGGAGCUGGGC